AUGAAUAUCACGUUUAUUGGAACGUUCACAUUAAUUACAACAAGAACUGCGUUGGGAGCUGCUCACGUAACAAUUUCUCAUGCUGCUAAAAGUUUAGUUGGUAGUGUGGGACAUGCAGAUAAGUUCCGGGGACAGAGAAUACAUUUUUCAAAUAAGAUUGAGCAUCCGAACUACACAGGAGAAUCUUCUAAAAAUGACAUUGCAGUGUUAAUAUUACAAAAUGAUACUUCUGAAUUCGAUAGAUUUAAACUUCCAUCAAAUGCCCAACCAAUCGCUUUGCCACGUGAUAAUAAAACAUACACUUUUGAAAGAGCAUCAAUGGUUGGGUGGGGUAGAACUGGACCAGGAAUUGUUAAAAGAAUGAUUGGUGGAUCUCAGGUUAAAAUUGAGGAAUAUCCAUUUAUGAUGGCCGUUUUACUUAACCAAAAUUCAAGUAAAAUGAAUAUCAUGUUUAUUGGAACUAGCACAUUAAUUACAACAAGAACUGCUUUGACAGCUGCUCACGUAACAAUUUAUCAUGCUGCUAAAAAUUUGAUUGGGAGUGUGGGACAUGCACAUAAGUUCCGGGGACGAAAAAUACAUUUUUCAAAUAAGAUUGAGCAUCCGAACUACGUAGCAAAAUAUUCUAAAAAUGACAUUGCAGUGUUAAUAAUACAAGACGAUACUUCUGAAUUCGAUAGAUUUAAACUUCCAUCAAAUGUCCAACCAAUCGCUUUGCCACGUGACAAUAAAACAUACACUUUUGAAAGAGGAUCAAUGGUUGGGUGGGGCAAAAUUGGACGAGAUAAAAAAGACGUAACCCCCUUCCUCAGAGCGGCAUAUUUCAAUAUAAUCAAUACCACCGAUAAAUAUAAAUCAAUGUCUAAACCAGUAAUUGUCGUACGAGAAGAAGGUGUAACCUUAAUGUUCGGUGAUUCCGGUAGCCCCCUUAUUUACGAAGCCAAUAACGGAAAGAAAAUACAAGUUGGUGUUGCAAGUACAGGUCAGGCACGUCCCGGUGGGAUUAACAACUUCAUGUCGACAAGUUACUUUAUUGACUUUAUAAGAGAAAACUGCGUAGGAGAAUUGACAUUUGUGUAA